CUCUAGUCCACGGAAGCCUGUCUACUUGAAUGCUUGAGAUACAAGUGUACUGUACUGGGUUUAUUCAACCUAUCAAAAAUCACAUGAGUGCUGGGGACACAGAGUAAAAUACUACACAGCCCCUGUCCUCCCAGGGGUCAAGCUGGGGAAACCCUCCUAUAAAUAAAUCAUUACAAUGAAUACAUGAAGGGCUAGCCGUUUGGAAUCAAAAUCAAAGUUAGAGCACUUCCUCACAUCAUGUGCUAAACAAAAUUCUAAACGGAUUAAAGAUUUGAGUGCGAAAAAAUGAAGCUAUCGUGAUUUCUAUAUUGUAGAGCUGUGAAGGGGUUUCCAAACAUGGCACCAAAGGCAGAAACCAUUAAAGAAAAGAUUCAAAAAACGAAAACACCAUGUAGUCCAAAGCAACUAAUGACCACAUUAAAAAGCAACAAUAAAUGGGCAAAAUACAAUACCUAAAACAAGAGUAUAUGAUGCUAAUACAUAAAAGGCACUAAGAGUAAGAUGGUACAUGAGUGAGCGAAAGACAGUAACAUGUUGUCAUAGCAGAAGAAAGUAAAUUACCAAUAAACGUAAGAUAUUCAACCUCAAUAACAGAAAUUAAAUUAAAACAGCAGUAAAAUCCCAUUGUUUGCCUAUCAGAUCGGCAAAGACGAAAAGAAAAAAGCGAAGAGCUUCCAAGAGGUGGAGAAAUGCGCUCCCAACGUCGGCCUCCUCAACCUAGCAGGAGUGUGAACUGACACACGCCUUGCCAGACUUUGACGGACACAGGGGUUUCCGGGUCCCGAACCUCCGUGCCCUUUGACCCCGGAAGUUCGGCCGGACAGCAGCGUAAAGCCGGCGUGGUUCGCGACAGAGCCGUAAAGGCGCGCGGGAGCCGAGCAUGGCGCUGUACGCGGCGGCGGCGGCGGUGAUGGCGGGCGUGGAGAGUCGCCAGGGCUCCAUCAAGGGGCUGGUGUACGCCAGCAGGUUCCAGAACGUGAAGCAGCUGUACGCGCUGGUGUGCGAGACCCAGCGCUACUCUGCCGUGCUGGACGCCGUGAUCGCCAGCGCCGGCCUCCUACGCGCGGAGAAGAAGCUGCGGCCGCAUCUGGCCAAGGUGUUAGUGUAUGAGUUGUUGUUGGGAAGAGGCUUUAAAGGGGGCGGGGGCCGAUGGAAGCCUCUGCUGAACCGACACCAGGCACGGCUGAAGGCUGAGUUGGCCCGGCUCAAGGUUCAUCGAGGUGUGAGCCGGAAUGAGGACUUGUUGGAAGUGGGAUGCAGGCCUGGCCCAGCCUCCCAGGUGCCUCGAUUUGUGCGGGUGAACACUCUCAAGACCUGCUCUGAAAAUGUAAUUGAUUAUUUCAAGAGACAAGGUUUCUCCUACCAGGGUCGGGCUUCCAGCCUCGAGGACCUAAGAGCCCUCAAAGGAAAGUGUUUUCUUCUGGAUCCCUUGUUGCCAGAGCUGCUUGUGUUUCCUGUCCAGACAGAUCUGCAUGAACAUCCGCUGUACCAAGCGGGUCACCUCAUUCUACAAGACAAGGCUAGCUGCCUCCCAGCCAUGCUGCUGGCUCCGCCCCCGGGGUCCCAUGUCAUUGACGCGUGUGCUGCCCCAGGCAAUAAGACCAGUCACUUGGCUGCUCUUCUGAAGAACCAAGGGAAGAUCUUUGCCUUUGACCUGGAUGCCAAGCGGCUGGCGUCUAUGGCUACAUUGCUGGCUCGGGCUGGAGUCUCCUGCUGCCAGCUAGCCGAGGAGGACUUCCUGGCAGUCUCGCCCUCAGACCAGCGUUACCAUCAGGUCCAGUACAUCCUGCUGGAUCCAUCCUGUAGUGGCUCUGGUAUGGUGACCAGACAGCUGGAGGAACCUGGGGCAGGUACACCCAGCAAGGAGCGCUUGCAUGCCCUGGCAGGCUUCCAGCAGCGAGCGCUGUGCCACGCGCUCACUUUCCCCUCCCUGCAGCGCCUCGUCUACUCCACGUGUUCGCUUUGUCAAGAGGAGAAUGAAGAUGUGGUACGGGAUGCCCUGCAGCAGAGCGCAGGGACCUUCAGGUUAGCACCUGUGCUGCCCUCCUGGCCCCACCGCGGCCUUAGCACUUUUCCAGGGGCUGAACACUGCCUCCGGGCCUCCCCUGAGACCACGCUCACUGGUGGCUUCUUCAUUGCUGUACUUGAACGGGUGGAGGUGCCAAGCUCAUUCUCACAGGCCGAAACAUCGGCACCGGAACUGACACCCAGCCCAGCCCCAAAGAGAAAGAAGAGGCGGCGGUGUAAAGCAGCAGCUGCUCCUAGCACUCUGUUGCCUCGCACAUAGUAGGAAGGAAACUGGUAACACUGCUUCUCCAGUUGGAAAGACAAGAGUGGAUUUCCGAGUCCUCUGGGUCCUUUCCCUGGGCCGUGUUCUUGCUGGUGAGAGAAGUGCUGCCCACAAAAAUAAAAGGCAGGACAUGGUCUAUGAUAGA